AUGCAACAUGAUGAUGUUGUGUGGGCCAUAAUCAACAAGACACAUUGUUCACAUAAAGUAUCUACAAAAACUCAACAUUUCUGCCGCAAUGAAUAUAACCUAACGGGUUUAUGCAGCCGUUCAUCCUGCCCUCUUGCAAAUAGUAAAUAUGCGACAAUUAGAGAAGAGAAUGGUAUUAUUUAUUUGUAUAUGAAAACAGCAGAAAGAAUAAUGUUUCCUGCUAAACAAUGGGAAAAAGUAAAAUUAUCAAGGAAUUUUGAAAAAGCUAUUUACCAGAUCAAUGAAAAUCUUCUUUACUGGCCAGCAUUUAUCAGAGCUAAAUGUAAGCAGAGAUUUGUGAAAAUUACACAAUACCUUAUUCGGAUGAGAAAACUGAAAUUAAGAAGAGUAAAAGAACUAGUUCCAAUUCAACGAAAGAUUGAGAGGCGUGAGAGAAGAAGGGAGGAAAAAGCUCUUGUUGCAGCCAGAAUUGAUAAUGCAAUAGAAAAACAACUACUGGAGAGACUUAAAAAAGGAACUUAUAAUGAUAUAUACAACUUCCCACAAAUGGCAUUUGAUUCAGCACUUAAAGCAGAAGAAGUCUCUGGUGAAAGUGAGAGUGAAAGAGAAGAUGAGGAAGAAGAGGAAAGGGAAAUAGAACCAGAACUUGAAAGAGAACUAGAAAAGGCAGUUGAGGAAACAGAUGAGUUUAUUGAAGCUAACAGUGAUAUGGACAGUGAUGCUGAGAGUGAUUCAGGCAAGAAAGAAAAUGUUAAUGUUGAGAGUGACUUUGAAUCAGAGACAUCCGAUAUUGAGGAUGUGACCAUGAAGAUAAGCAGGAAGAAACCACGGGUUGAAAUUGAGUACGAAACGGAACCUAUAGCAAGUGUUUCAAAGAAAAAAAUAAAAAAUUAA